CGCUUAGAACGCAAUGACGUCCAGGCAAAUAUUUUGACGAUCCGGCCAUGUGAGGAUUUGCCUGAGCACCCACUUUUAAGAGAAGAUGAAGACUGACGAGUGAGUGAUACAAAAAGUAAAUCCUCCUUUUUUAGUUAGUGUAGGGGUGGUAGUUGUAACCUGGAAAUUCAGCUACAGUAUGUUCCUCGUUGGCCUAACAGGGGGAAUAGCUUCCGGGAAGAGUACAGUUUCAAUCAUGCUGAGAGAAAUUGGCUGUCAAUUUAUUGAUGCUGAUGUGGUUGCCAGGCAAGUGGUCGAGCAACACAAACCAGCUUGGACUCUUAUUGUGAAACACUUUGGACAGGACAUGCUACUAUCCGAUGGCAACUUGGAUCGACCAAAGCUGGCAUCUUGCAUAUUUGGGGAUGAAAAUAGAAGAAAAUUACUUAAUUCUUGCACCCAUCCAUAUAUACAAAAAGAAAUCAUGUGGCAGAUUUUUGUACAUUUCAUUAAAGGUUACAAGUUUGUUGUUUUGGAUAUACCAUUAUUACUGGAGGGGAGCAAGUUAUUAAGAUAUAUCAACAGUGUUGUUGUUGUUUAUUGUGAUGGAGAGGCGCAACUUCAGCGUCUUAUGCAGAGAAAUAGUCUACCGGAAGAGGAUGCCCUCAAGAGGAUAAAUUCACAAAUGCCACUGGAAAAGAAAAAAGAAUUUGCAGACUACCUUAUUGAAAAUUCUCAUGGCAUAGAGGAGACAAGACAACAAGUUCGCCACCUUGUUAUUCGCUUGCAACAAUCAAAAGCUCACUUAUGGCUUAGAAUACCAUUUUUAUUAUUGUUGCUUGGUUUCAUUUUUAUUAUCCUUUUAGGUGUUAAAAAACUUUGUUUAUGAUUGGAAAAUGAUGAACAGGGGUGGAUCCAGAAUGAAGGUGGGGUGGGGGGGCGUCCAACAUAUUCAGAAUAGAUGAGAGUGCUAAUUUCAAUAUGUGCCUUUUAAUUUAAAAAUUUAGUGGCAAAACGUGCCUCCCUAAUGGAUCCACGCCUGAUCAAUAAAGUUGAAGGAAAGAUUUUAUUCAAUUUCAAAUUAAAUUCAAUUUAAAAAUAUUUAUUCAAAAUCAGUAUAUACAAAAGUAUUAAAUGAAAAGAAAUCAGGCAGCCACGAAUAAGCAUAGCUUUACAAGUGGUGCCCCUUCGAAAAAAAAAUCAAGUGCAAAAUGAAUAAAUACAUAAUUAAUAAUUCAUUCAAUCAAUCAAAUAAUUGUCAACUAAUUGUCUAAUCAUCUAAUUAAUAUAUAAAUAAAUAAUAAAAUAAAUAAAUAAGGAAAUAAAUAAAACUAAAUAAAGAACUGAUAUGGGUUAUUGGUGACCCUAGAA